GAGACUUUUCAGAUGCUCACCUCAGCUUGCCCCCUGCACCAGGCGCGAGUCAAACAAACGCGGAAAAGGUGGAUCGAUGGCGUGUGUUGGGACGUCCCAUCAGAGGCUUUAAUGCAGCGGAGCGUCCAGUGUGUGUUCAGUCCCAUCAGACACACACUCACUCACACACACAGCAUCAUGAAGCAUCACUGCGCCAUCAAACACAGCGUCUUCAAAGAGUUCCUGGCCGAGUUCCUCGGGACUUUUGUGCUGGUGCUGUUCGGCUGCGGCUCGGUGGCUCAGACGGUGUUGAGCAGAAACACUCUCGGUGAACCGCUGACCGUCCACAUCGGCUUCAGCACCGGACUCAUGAUGGGUGUCUAUGUGUCCGGCGGCGUGUCGGGCGGUCACCUGAACCCCGCCGUGUCUCUGGCCAUGGUCAUCCUGGGGAAGCUGAAGAUCUGGAAGUUUCCCGUCUACGUGACGGCGCAGAUGUUGGGCGCAUUUGUCGGAGCGGCUGCAGUCUUUGGAUUGUAUUACGAUGCCUUCAUGGACUUCACCAGCGGGAUCCUGUCGGUCACAGGAAUUAACGUCACAGGACACAUCUUCGCCUCGUACCCAGGCAGACACCUGACGGUCCUGGGCGGAUUCGUGGAUCAGGUGGUGGGGACGGGAAUGCUGGUCCUCUGUAUUCUGGCGGUUGUGGACGGCAGGAACAUGGGUGCUCCUCGAGGCGUGGAGCCGCUGGCUGUGGGUCUGAUCCUGCUGGGCAUCAGCGUCUCCAUGGGGCUGAACUGCGGUUACCCUCUGAACCCCGCCAGAGACCUGGGCCCGCGCCUCUUCACCGCCGCUGCCGGGUGGGGCAUGGAGGUGUUCAGCACUGCAGAUUACUGGUGGUGGAUCCCUGUUGCCGGGCCGUUGGUAGGGGGCGUCGCCGGUGCUGUGAUCUACUUUCUGUUGAUUGAGCUUCAUCACUCCAACCACAACGACAAAUCUCACAAAGAACCUGAGGAAGAGGAGGAUGAGGAGGAAGAUGAGGACAGCAGCCUAAAGGACAAAUACGAGAUGAUCAACAUGAGCUAGAAACCCAAGACCAGUAGAAUUCCUGUUGUGACCAAGUAAAGCGGGUAAACUCAUUUUCAUACACCGUUUACAGGAGUAAACUCAUCAGUGACAUCAGCGACCUUCAUCCACCUCAUUUAGACACUUCACAACUCAAAUAAUUAACGGAUUUCAACUGAUUGAUUCAUGUAAGUGCUUUAACUAAAUACAAGCUUCACGUCUGUCCCAUAAUCUUCCACUGCACAUAACAUCUGACUGUAUUUUGCUGAUGGGUUAAUAUUAUACUGGAUCCAGAACAAUCGAUUCAAUGGCUGUUUAUACCUUUAAAGUAAUGGAAACGCAUCAGGAUCGCCCUGUCAGGAAUUCUGUCCAGAUUAAAGCACACUGACUGAUGACAUUGAUCAUGAAGCCACCUGACAAACAUGCUUGCCUGAGCACAACGUCACGUCACACACGUGAAUCUAAUGGUUCAUGGCAGAGAUUAGCGUUUGUCACGAAGAGCUGCAAAAGAUUUUCCCCUAGAUCACCAUUGUUGAGUUUUCAUGUUAAAUUUAAGUUUUAUUUCACCUUGUUGUCAUUCAUAUAUUGUCUAUGAUAUUUAUGUUUCUAUUUUUGUUCACGUGUUUGUAGAUCAGGCUUCUGUUAUUGACUUUUUGUUUUUAAAUUUCUUUCGUAAAAAGUAGAUCUUUUGUAAUGAAAUCCUCCAACUUCAACUGU